AUGCUCUGGCUAAUACCCAUCCUACUACUAGCCUUUAUCAUCAUCUUCGGCGACUCCCCCAGUUUCAGAAACACUCCCAUCCAAUCAUCCCGUCAGAAACUCCUUCUCCUCAACACCUACAUCCUCAAUCAUCUCGGUUCAGUCAAUAUCCCCCCAUGGACUUACUAUUCCAUCCCAUUAUUUUACCUCACCGUGAUUACCGUUUGUUUGGGCCAAUUCUUCCAUAAAACCUGGUCCAUUCUUCCCCUUACCAUCACCACAUCCUUAUUUCAUCAAUGCUACAUCGCCAUCACCAUCCUACUGGUGGUAGCCCUCACCUUCAUCAGUACGUUCUCAGAUCUGGGUAACAUCACCAAAUAUAAUGUUCACUACAUUAACUCCCAGUUCGUCAAUAACGAAAUCAUCUACUUCUCCCAUAACAUAUGUUCGACCUGCGACCUCGUCAAGCCAGCUAGGUCCAAGCAUUGCUCCACUUGUGACCGAUGCGUGGCCCUAUUUGAUCACCAUUGUAUAUGGAUCAAUAAUUGUGUGGGAUUAUACAACUAUAAGUACUUCAUGGGGUGGUUGGUGGCCAAUAUCAACUUCUUGGUGUACGGGGAUUACUUGUGCAUGCAAGCCAUGCCGUGGCGAGGGUUCUGGACGGCGGUGAAGUCCGAUGAUGCUCAUAAGAUCACGGGAAUUUUCGUUAUUCUCUGUAGUUUGUUCUCAUUGAUCGUGGCAUUGUUCACCGGGUUACAACUUCGGUACAUAUACCUUGGUAUUACCACCAAUGAGCUAGAUAAAUGGGGAGAAAUCGAACAUUUGGUGGAAAUUGGUACCCUUUACCGUAGGAACAGUCAGUAUUUUGAACGAGUGGGUAACCAGGUGAUUAAUAUGCAGAAUACUCAGACGUUUGUGUUUGAAGAUAUGGUGAAGGUGGAGUCGAUGGAGGAGAUAGAUAAUGUUUACGAUAAGGGGUUUGUGAGGAAUUUGCGAGAGAGGUUGUAA